AUGGCUUAGAGAAUGGGUGCUUUCCCGGAAUGUUCCAAGAAGUCAGCUCUUGGGGGCCCGAAGGGUGGGAGUCAGGGCUUCCAAAGCCCGUGGGAUCCCAGAGGACCUGCCUGGCUAGAGAUAUCACGUUUGAUCCUUGGAGAACCCUCAACCUCCAGCUGCCCAGGAGCCUGUGACAGCAGCCCCCCAGAAGACCUCACCUCUGAGGAGACCGAGGGGUCCUGGGAUAAGGACAUCCCUGCAAUUAACCAAGGUCUCAUCCCAGAGGAAACGCCAGAGAGUGGCUUUCUCCUUGAGGGGGACAUCAUCCGGCCGAGCCCCUUCCAGCUCUUUUCGGCUGCCAGUAACAAGUGGCCCAAGAGUAGCAGCGGCCUUGUGGAGGUCCCCUUCCUCCUGUCCAGCGAGUACAACAGUCUCAGCCGGCAGCUCAUCCUGAGGGCGUUUGCCGAGUUUGAGCGCCUCACGUGUGUCAAGUUCGUCUCCUACGAGGGCCAGAGAGACUUCAUUUCCAUCGUCCCCAUGUCUGGGUGCUUCUCUAACGUGGGGCGCAGCGGAGGGAUGCAGGUGGUGUCCCUGGCACCCGCCUGUCUCCAGAGGGGCCCGGGUAUUGUGCUGCAUGAGCUUAUGCAUGUGCUGGGCUUCUGGCACGAGCACGCCCGGGCUGACCGGGACCGCUAUAUCCGUGUCAACUGGAACGAGAUCCUCCCAGGUAAGCUGGGCUAUGAAGUCAACUUCCUCAAAGCUCAGAGCAGUAACAUGCUGGUGCCCUAUGACUACUCGUCAGUGAUGCACUAUGGGAGGCUUGCCUUCAGCCGGCGCGGGAUCCCCACCAUCCUGCCGCUCUGGGACCCCAGUAUCCACAUUGGCCAGCGAAGGAACCUGAGUGCCCUGGACGUCACCCGGGUCCUCAGGCUUUAUGACUGCAGAUCAGGUGGUCACAGCGCCCCCAGAGGAGGCUUCCAGGCCCACAGCAGUGGUAGGAGCCCCACACCUGUCUCCAGGCCGUACUUGCAGAGGCUUCUGAAGGCACUGCUGGUGGAACCCAGGAGUCGUCAUCUCAGUGGCUCUAAGGCUGGAGGCCAGCGUCUUGCUGCAGGAGCUGGAGAGAAUUCACUGGGCCAGGAGCCCUCUGCUCAGGAGAAGUUCAGCGUGGAGGCCCCUGCAAGGCCACCUCAGGCCCCAGCUUCCACCCCAAGCUCCAGGCCUGGAGUGGGCGCUCCUGGCAUUGUUCAGGAGUGGACUUGGCUGACCCAAGUGCCCACUGUACCCCCAGCCCCAUCUCCAGAAGCAGAAAGCCAACCAGCACCUGUUCAGGCUGCUUUGGGGAACACAGCUCUGCCAGGAGGCCACGCACCUGGAAAUCACUUUAGGGGGUUGCCCAGAGGUCAAACCUGUGGCUUUUGUCCCCAAGUGGGGAGGGAAUCUUUUGCCCAGAGAAACAAGGUCGCCCAGCCCUCAGCCCCUCUGGGUGGCACCUCCUCAUCUUCCAGCCCCAGUCUGGCUACCUUCUCUCAGAGGCGCAGGGCCCUCUCCCACCUUGCUUCCCCAAGGGCUCCUGGGGACAGACCGGCUCCCUAG